GCGCCGCGUCGGCCUGCCGCUGCCGCUGCCGGUGCAGAGCGUGGGGAGCACUCAGCGCAGCCUUCGGCCGCCGCGGAGGGUCGUGCCCGCGCCCCCGGCCAGGCCGCCCCGUGCCCGGGCCUUGCGGUCCCCGGAGCCGAUCGUGGCCCGCCGGGCCGCCCGCCCGCAGAGACCAGAGACAGCGCCCGCCUGAACCGAGGCCGCGGGAGCGGCCGUGCCCAUGACCGGGUGUCUGCACUUGACCCCCCCGCUGGCUACACCUCACCCCAGUGCUGGGACCUCGGGGGGCCGCCUGCCCCCGGCGGAGGCUGCACCUGCGAGAACACCCCCGCCCCCGUGCCACAGGCAGGAUGGGCGACGUGGCCAACAGUUCCAUCGAGUUCCACCCCAAACCCCAGCAGCAGCGGGAGGCCCCACAUGCAGGCGGCUUCGGGUGCACGCUGGCCGAGCUGCGCUCCCUCAUGGAGCUCCGGGGGGCCGAGGCACUGCAGAAAGUCCAGGAGGCCUACGGGGACGUGGGCGGGCUUUGCAGGAGGCUGAAGACCUCACCCACCGAGGGCCUGGCUGACAACGCCAACGACCUGGAGAAGCGCAGGCAGAUCUACGGGCAGAACUUCAUCCCCCCCAAGCAGCCCAAGACCUUCCUACAGCUGGUGUGGGAGGCCCUGCAGGAUGUGACCCUCAUCAUCCUGGAGGUGGCCGCCAUCGUGUCCCUGGGCCUUUCAUUCUAUGCACCGCCCGGGGAGGAGAGCGAAGCCUGUGGGAACGUGUCGGCUGGGGCCGAAGACGAAGGGGAAGCCGAGGCGGGCUGGAUCGAGGGGGCCGCCAUCCUGCUGUCUGUCAUCUGCGUGGUCCUGGUCACGGCCUUCAACGACUGGAGCAAAGAGAAGCAGUUCCGAGGCCUGCAGAGUCGCAUUGAGCAGGAGCAGAAGUUCACCGUCAUCCGGAAUGGGCAGCUCCUCCAGGUGCCCGUGGCCACGCUCGUGGUAGGGGACAUCGCCCAGGUCAAGUAUGGAGACCUGCUGCCUGCUGAUGGCGUGCUCAUCCAGGGCAACGACCUCAAGAUCGAUGAGAGCUCCCUGACAGGCGAGUCGGACCAUGUGCGCAAGUCGACAGACAAGGACCCCAUGCUGCUGUCAGGCACUCAUGUCAUGGAAGGUUCUGGAAGAAUGGUGGUGACGGCCGUGGGUGUGAACUCCCAGACGGGCAUCAUCUUUACCUUGCUUGGAGCUGGUGGAGAGGAGGAAGAGAAGAAGGAUAAGAAAGGCAAGCAGCAGGAUGGGGCGAUGGAGAGUAGCCAGACCAAAGCCAAGAAGCAGGAUGGGGCUGUUGCCAUGGAAAUGCAGCCCCUGAAGAGCGCAGAGGGCGGGGAGAUGGAGGAGCGGGAGAAGAAGAAAGCCAACGUGCCCAAGAAGGAGAAGUCAGUCCUUCAGGGAAAGCUCACCAAACUGGCCGUGCAGAUUGGGAAAGCAGGGCUGGUGAUGUCCGCCAUCACUGUUAUCAUCCUGGUCCUCUACUUUGUGAUCGAGACCUUCGUCAUAGACGGCCGGGUGUGGCUGGCAGAGUGCACGCCUGUCUACGUGCAGUACUUCGUCAAGUUCUUCAUCAUUGGUGUCACCGUGCUGGUUGUAGCUGUCCCAGAGGGCCUGCCUCUCGCUGUCACCAUCUCCUUAGCUUACUCCGUCAAGAAAAUGAUGAGGGACAACAACCUGGUCCGCCACCUGGAUGCCUGUGAGACCAUGGGCAAUGCUACGGCCAUCUGCUCUGACAAGACGGGCACACUCACCACCAACCGCAUGACCGUGGUGCAGUCCUACCUUGGGGACACCCACUACAAAGAGGUUCCGGCCCCCAGUGCCCUGACCCCCAAGAUCCUCGACCUCCUGGUCCAUGCCAUCUCCAUCAACAGUGCCUACACCACCAAAAUACUACCUCCAGAGAAGGAAGGCGCCCUCCCACGCCAAGUGGGCAACAAGACAGAGUGCGCUCUGCUUGGCUUCGUCCUGGACCUCAAGCAGGACUUCCAGCCGGUGCGGGAGCAGAUUCCCGAAGAUAAGCUUUAUAAAGUGUACACCUUCAACUCGGUCCGCAAGUCCAUGAGCACGGUCAUCCGCACACCUGACGGCGGCUUCCGCCUCUUCAGCAAGGGCGCCUCAGAGAUCCUGCUGAAAAAGUGCACCAACAUCUUGAACAGCAAUGGGGAACUCCGCAGCUUUCGCCCUCGGGACCGGGACGACAUGGUGAAGAAGAUCAUUGAGCCGAUGGCCUGCGAUGGGCUCCGCACCAUUUGCAUCGCCUACCGGGACUUCACCGCCCCCCAGGAGCCCGACUGGGACAAUGAGAACGAGGUGGUGGGCGACCUCACCUGCAUAGCCGUCGUGGGCAUCGAGGACCCUGUGCGGCCCGAGGUCCCUGAAGCUAUCCGCAAAUGUCAGCGGGCCGGCAUCACGGUCCGCAUGGUAACGGGGGACAACAUCAACACAGCCCGCGCCAUUGCGGCCAAGUGCGGCAUCAUCCAGCCCGGGGAGGACUUCCUGUGCCUGGAGGGGAAAGAGUUCAACCGGCGGAUCCGAAACGAGAAAGGCGAGAUAGAGCAGGAGCGUCUGGACAAGGUGUGGCCUAAGCUGAGGGUCCUGGCGCGAUCAUCUCCCACCGACAAACAUACUCUGGUUAAAGGGAUCAUCGACAGCCACACGGGUGAGCAACGGCAGGUGGUGGCUGUGACAGGAGAUGGAACCAAUGAUGGGCCAGCCCUCAAGAAGGCAGAUGUGGGCUUCGCCAUGGGCAUUGCAGGGACAGAUGUGGCCAAGGAGGCCUCAGACAUCAUCCUGACGGAUGACAACUUCACCAGCAUCGUCAAGGCUGUCAUGUGGGGCCGCAACGUCUACGACAGCAUCUCCAAGUUCCUGCAGUUCCAGCUGACGGUCAACGUGGUGGCUGUGAUUGUGGCCUUCACGGGCGCCUGCAUCACUCAGGACUCUCCUCUCAAAGCCGUGCAGAUGUUGUGGGUGAACUUGAUCAUGGACACAUUCGCCUCUCUGGCUCUGGCAACAGAGCCACCCACUGAGUCACUGCUGCUGCGUAAGCCAUACGGCCGGGACAAGCCCCUGAUCUCGCGGACCAUGAUGAAGAACAUCCUGGGCCAUGCUGUCUACCAGCUCACCAUCAUCUUCACCCUGCUCUUCGCCGGGGAGCUCUUCUUUGACAUUGACAGUGGACGGAACGCUCCCCUGCACUCGCCACCCUCCGAGCACUACACUAUCAUCUUCAAUACCUUCGUCAUGAUGCAGCUCUUCAACGAGAUCAAUGCCCGCAAGAUCCAUGGCGAGCGCAAUGUGUUCCAUGGCAUCUUCAGCAACCCCAUCUUCUGCACCAUUGUGCUAGGCACCUUUGCCAUCCAGAUUGUCAUCGUCCAGUUCGGUGGAAAGCCCUUCAGCUGUUCUCUGUCCACGGAGCAGUGGCUCUGGUGCCUGUUUGUCGGUGUUGGGGAACUAGUCUGGGGACAGGUCAUCGCCACCAUCCCCACCAGCCAGCUCAAGUGCCUGAAGGAAGCAGGACAUGGGCCCGGGAAGGAUGAGAUGACUGACGAGGAGCUGGCUGAAGGAGAAGAAGAGAUUGACCAAUGCCGAGCGGGAGCUCCGCAGAGGCCCAGAUCCUCUGGUUCCGGGGGCCUCAACCGGAUCCAGACACAGAUGGAGGUAGUGAGUACCUUCAAGAGAAGCGGUUCAUUUCAGGGUGCUGUGCGCCGGCGGUCCUCGGUCCUCAGCCAGCUCCAUGACGUAACCAAUCUUUCUACCCCUACUCACGUAACUCUCUCUGCUGCCAAUCCCACCAGUGCCGCUGGAGUGAGUCUUGAGUCCCCUUUUCUCUCGUAAAUGGCAUCUCUGGGGAGGAAAAAGCCUCCAACUCUUCCUUCUCUUUUUUUUCCAGUCUUGCAUCCUCCGCGCACCGUGGCUUUUCCGUUCUUUCUUUAUUGCCCUGUUCAGUCCUUCCCACCAGAUGGUGUGUCACUCCAAAGCCAUAGCCUCUUAUGAAAUGUAUUGAAUCCAUGGCACUGCUGGACCUUCGUUCUUUUCUCUGUUUGGUUUAUUGUAGUUUAUUUUAUUUUCGUUUAGUACUCCUUCUGUCAUUGGUUUUCUUUUCUUGAACUGGUCUGCCUUUGCUGAUGGUUCUUCACGAACUUGGGCCGUAUUCUAGUGGCGUUGGGGACUUGGUGGGCACUUGGUCAGUGUUCUGCGGGGCAGCAUGAGAUUGGCGUGCGGGCUCAGGGCCGUCUCCGGGACUUGAAGGAGAAGCCUUUGCAGCAUCUUUCGCAGUGGAAGAACCCAGCCCACCAACUGGGGACUAAAGAAACAGCUUCCAGAACUCUCCUUGAGGUGGUUUCCAAAGGUAGUAAGACCUGAACCACCAGGCAUUAGAGGUGUCCCCAGGAGCCCUCCUCAUGCCCCAAAUCCACCCUCGGCCACAUUGCCAUUUGUCCCCAAUGCAUCUUUGCUCUUUCCAAGCAGGCUUGAGGAUUGGAAGGUCUUAACCUGAUCUGGUCCAUACUCUCUAUCCUCCUUCCUUCGAGAAGUUGGGAGAUAUUGAUUCCUUGCUAUACAUUCCACUGAAAACUUCCAGCCAUGUCAUCACAUUUAGAAAGGAACCCAGGGGGCAGUCCUGAAGACGUAGAAACUUCCACAUUUGCUCACAUUUCUUUACAAAGACAAAAGGAAAGCCAUCAGACCAUUGAAUCCACUACCCCAUGGUCCCCCGAAUGACAAUGCAAGGAACCAUGUGUGCCCCACCCACCCAGGGUCACCUACUUCUCGUAACAA